CGUGCCUCCGCGACCUGACCAGGGAAUUGCCUGCGAGUCUCUUUUUGCUCUCCCCAACACUUGGACAACACACUCCUCCCAACGAUAAAUCCCUGGGGAACCUUGCUCUUGUCACUGUCACUCACGGUUAGUCUUAUUUUUCAGUUUGGGGUAGUUUGGACGGGGCACUCGUUGACAUCACAACGGCACUGCGCAUCACUAGCUUCAGUACGGUUUGCUAAUUCCGUGACGACCCCAGCAGAUCAUCGUCAAAUCCCAAAGCAAUUAUGUCUCGUCCACGCUCAGAUGAGCCGCCCGCUGCCCCUACGGGCCCUGGUCCAGUCAAGCUGUACGUCGGCCAAAUUUCCCCUCACGGAAGUCUUCGCGAUCUCGAAGAUCUGUUCGCCCGCUACGGAAGAAUCCUGAACGUGGAGAUCAAGCCGGCCGGUUUUGGCUUCGUGGAAUACGACGACCCGCGGGAUGCCGAAGACGCCGUCAAGCAUCUGCAUGAUCAUCCUUUCGAAGGCAGGAGGCUCAUCGUAGAGUUUUCAAGGAGGUCAUCUGCCAACAACUCUAGCUGCUUCAUCUGUGGUGGCACUGGCCACUGGGUGCGGGAAUGCCCUGAGAACCAGGAUAAAGGCUUGGAUGUCCGUUCUGGUCGUUGCUUCAAGUGUGGAAACGUUGGUCAUUUGGCCAAAUACUGCCGUGGUGGUGGUGGCGGUGGUGGUGGUGGUUACAGGGACCGUUCCCCCCCUCCUCGUUACGGCCGCUCAAGGUCUCGAUCGCCUGGUGGUGCCCCGCCCCGUCGUCGUUCUCCAUCCCCUAGAGGCUACCGCGGUGGCGAACCCCGAUCUGGUAGCCGCCGUGAUUACUCGCCUCCUAGGGGUGGAGGCGGCUACAGGGACGGUGGUCGUUCUCCUCCGCGCCGCUUUGAUGACGGCCCUCGAGGACGCGAUGGUCCACGCGAUGGACCUCGAGACGGAUACGACUCUCGUCGUCCCGCAUCCCCCAGGCGUUAUUAGACAAUCCGAUCGGGGACACGCAAGGCUACCAGGCGCUAUAGCGGGCUGUGAUGAGAAAAGCGUAGUGAUGUUUUGAAAAUAUGAUUGGUAGUAUAGUCGAGCGAUCCAAUGUCACUUAUCUCGAACAUUUCGCCGGAUGCAUGGGGAUUUGGGCCUGUCUUUUCGCUGCCUCACCAGCGCCGCUUCAACUCGUCUUGAGCAACCUCAUAUCUGGAGUCACACGGACGGGCGGGCUCAGAUGCUAAAAUCCCUUGCGACGCAAGGCUAGAAAGAGUUGCCGUAUUUAGCAUUGCAAGGUCGCUGAAGACCGAGCGAGCGUACUGUAUACACUGAGGGUAUUGCGUCCAUCUCGAUUGAUCUUCAACGCAGAAACUGUCAGUCGAUUGGUUCCACCUGUCGAUGUCAUGCGCAGCGGGUCCGUGUAUAUAGUCAUAGUGAGUCAUCCGUUAUCAUGCACAGUGCACACGCU